AGGGAAGAGUGCUUUCCUUUGAACAAAUUCCGAAAGAGAGUUUUUUCCUAAAUUAUGAAACGAAAUUUCUUAGAAAUUGUGUAAGGAACAAUACAAAUUAUAAAUGGUGAUGGGAGGCCAUUCGAGCAAAAGAGAGAAAGAGAGAAAGAGAGAAUGGGUAACUGUGUUUCUGAUGUAAAAGGUGGGAAACAGGGUGUAGGCGGCGGUGGGGCCCAGGGUUUUGGCGGCGGCGGCGCUGAGGGGAAAAACGACGCAGUUGAUUUUUACUUCCGCGCGCAGGGACAACGCCAUCUCGCCUCCCAAAUUCAGCUAUCUCUAUCAGCUUCGAAGCUUCUUGAUUGUGACAUCAUGUCAAAGAGUGAUCCCAUGGCAGUAGUGUAUGUAAAGAAAAGGGAUGGAACCCUUUUAGAAGUUGGACGCACGGAAGUGAUAAUGAACAAUUUGAAUCCUACUUGGAUUCAAAAAAUCAAUAUUACAUACCAGUUUGAGAUUCCUCAACCAUUGAUCUUUCAUAUCUAUGACGUGGACUCGAAAUACAAUAAUUUACCUGUGAAGGCACUGAAGUUGAAGGACCAAGAUUUCCUUGGUGAAGCAAAUUGUGCUCUCUCUGAGAUUGUGACCAAACAAAAUCAGCUGUUAACAUUGAAUCUUCGCAAUAGAUUUGUGCAUGGCUCGAAGAACUUUGGUACACUUACAAUCCAUGCAGAAGAACUUGUUGUUUCGAAGAAUGCUGUGGAGUUGACGCUAAGGUGUACAAAUCUGGAAAACAAAGGCAUAUUCUCGAAAAGUGAUCCUUUCUUGAGAAUAUCUAGGAUUGUUGAAGCUGGAGUAUCUGUUCCAAUUUGUAAGACUGAAGUCGUGAAGAACAACGUAACUCCCAUAUGGAAGCCCUUGUGUCUAUCCAUCGAACAAUAUGUAAGCAAGGAUAACCCUCUAAUCAUUGAGUGUUUUGACUUCAAGAGCAGUGGUAAUCAUGUACUCGUCGGAAAAUUACAGACGACAGUUGCAGAGCUUCAAAAUCUUCAUAAUGCUAAAGCUGGAGCAAAUUUUGUCAAACCACCUUCUGGGUUCCGGAAUCAAGAAAAGCUUUUGAAGGCUCAACUCUUUGUGGAAGUAUGCUUUGAGAAGCAACUCUAUAGCUUUCUCGAUUACAUUUCUAGUGGAUUUGAGCUUAACUUUAUGGUUGCUGUUGAUUUUACUGCUUCAAAUGGAAACCCUCAAAAUCCCAGUUCUCUACAUUAUAUUGAUCCUCAAGGAAACUUAAAUUCUUACCAGAAGGCUAUAAAGGAGGUGGGAGAGGUUAUACAAUUCUAUGAUUAUGAUAGAUGUUUUCCUGCUUGGGGCUUUGGAGGAAUGACAUAUACUGGAUCAGUAUCUCAUUGUUUCAACUUAAGUGGAAGUUCAAGUUCCUCCGAGGUUCAAGGGGUGGGAGGGAUUAUGAAUGCAUAUUCAAGUGCUUUGCACAAUGUAAGUCUUUCAGGACCCACUUUGUUCAGCCAUGUUAUUAACAAUGCUGCAAAGAUUGCUGCCAAGUCCCUCAAAGACAACCACAACAAAUACUUUGUCUUGCUGAUUAUCACGGAUGGAGUUCUUACUGAUCUUCAAGAAACGAAAGACGCAAUUGUAAUGGCAUCUGAUCUGCCACUUUCGAUUCUUAUCAUUGGAGUUGGCAAUGCAGAUUUUACACAAAUGGAGAUCCUCGACGCUGAUAAUGGACGACUACUAGAGAGCUCCACCGGAAGGGUAGCUACACGAGACAUUGUGCAGUUUGUUCCCAUGCGUGAAGUGCUUGGUGGACAAAUUGAAGUAGUGCAAGCUAUGUUGGAAGAGUUACCAUGGCAGUUCCUAAGCUACAUGCGAAGUAGAAACAUCAAACCCCUUCUGAACGUCGAGGCAAUCCCACCUUCUACUGCUCCAACUCAACCAUGCUAGCUAGGUUUCCGUUGCUACAAAGUCGAAUGGAGUUAGUUGCUUAAAUAUGUACAUGCUAAGUUAGAGUUAGCAGGAAAAUAUAAUGUCAAACGAACAACUCUUCCCGGGCACAUAUAUAAUGUUCGUAUUGCACCAAAUGUACUAUUCUGUUUAUAAUCAUUCUUUACAAAAAA